GAUGUCAGUCCUCAUAAUGAGGGCUGCGGAGCACAUGCAUCCUCUUGCUCGCCUCACUUGAGACCAUUCAUUGGGAAGCAGGCCGGCCGGCAGCUGCUGAAUGGGGGUGCGGGGGGUCGGAGGAGGGAUGGAGGUAGAUGGAGGGAGGUGGGUGCUAUGCUUGUUCGCAUAAUAGCCGGCGGUUGAAGGCGUGGUGCGUGUGGCUCGAUACGAGGCGCGUUCAGUAUUAGCAGCAACAGCAACACACUGAGGGGAUGAGCAUGGGCAGCGGCUGUGGGGCGACUCCCUUUCACGGCGAGCGCAACCGGCGAGACGGCUGAUCGGGAGCAACCGGCAUGCGGGGGAAGCUCCAUCUUUUCUAUUCUUAAGGACAUUUAAACGCAAAGAUGACUGAGGGCCGACUGUGUCAAGUGCAGUUGCUAGAUGACAGGAAGCUGGAGCUGCUGGUUCAGCCAAAGCUACUGUCGUAUGAACUCGUCGACCUCGUCUCUUCCCAUUUCAACCUCAAAGAGAAGGAAUUCUUCGGACUUGCGUUUUUCAGUGACAAUGGUCAGUGUAAGUGGCUGCAGAUGGACCGGAGAGUUCUUGAUCAUGACUUUUCCAAGAGGCAGGGCUCCAUUGCCCUCAACUUCCUGGUCAGAUUUUAUGUGGAAAACAUCACACAGCUGAAGGACAUCAUCACAGUGGAGUUAUUCUUCCUCAAUGCAAAAUCUGCUGUCUAUAACGGGAUUAUAGAAGUUGAGAGUGACAAUGUCUUUAAAUUGGCAGCAAAUGCUUUGCAGGAGUCUAAAGGAGACUACACAAGCGAUGAAGCCACCCGAGCUGACUUAAAGAAGCUGCCCGCUCUUCCCACUAAAGUCCUCAAGGAGCACCCAUCGCUUGCUUACUGUGAGGAUCGAGUCAUCGACUAUUAUAAACAGCUCAGAGGAGUCUCCAGAGGGCAGGCCAUUGUACAGUAUCUGACGCUUGUGGAAUCCUUGCCCACAUAUGGUGUCCACUAUUAUGAAGUGAAGGAUAAACAAGGGAUGCCAUGGUGGCUUGGGAUCAGUUAUAAAGGCAUUGGCCAGUAUGAUCUACAAGACAAGCUGAAACCCAGAAAGCUUUAUCAGUGGAAGCAACUGGAAAAUUUGUACUUCAGGGAGAAAAAAUUUGCAGUGGAGGUUAAUGAUCCACACAGGAGAGCAGUAACCAAGCGCACCUUUGGACAAACUGGCCUCCUCAUCCACACUUGGUAUGCGAGCCACUCUUUGAUCAAAACUAUUUGGGUCAUGGCUAUUAGCCAACAUCAAUUCUACUUGGACAGAAAGCAGAGCAAAGCUAAACUCGGAGUCUCCAAAAGCUUGGAGGAAAUUGCCAUGGAUCUGAACGAGCAUGCAGGGGCAAAGACAAACAAACUUGGAGAGUCCGUCCUGAAAAAUAACUUGAUUACAGCCAGCAAUGGGAGCCUGGUAUCGACAGGUUCUGCAGACUCUGAAAUGAGUGAGGAGCAGAAGAAAGAGAAACUCUCUGAGCUGAGAAAGAAAGAGCAGGAGAUUCAAGAUAUCUUGGCCAAAAAGACAAAGGAAUUAAAGAAGAUUUGUCUCCGGGAAGCGGAGCUUACUGGAAAGUUGCCAAAGGAGUACCCCUUGUCUUCAGAUGAACGACCACCACAGGUUAGACGGCGAGUUGGCACGGCUUUCAAGUUGGAUGACCUUUUCCCUUACAAUGAGGAUCCUUUUCUGAGAAAUCUGGAGAGCAGAUUUGCCCUCCAGCAGAAAAUCGUGGAGGCAGCUAAAAAGCUAGCGAAUGAGCCAGAACUGUGCAAGACGGUUAAGAAGAAGAGGAGGAGAAACUGUUUGGAUGCUAUGCACAAGCUUCAGCAGAUUGAAAAUGAGAUGAACCAUUAUCGAAUCAAGAAGGGGAAAAGACCCACCCAGCGAGCCUCAGUAAUCAUUGCAGAUGAGCUCAUGCGGUCAGAAUGCAGCUCCUUGUCGAGCCUCCCCUUGGAGGACGAUGACUCGGACAGCGCCAGCCAGCGGCCGCGGUCACAGUCUGUGCAAGACUCCCCUCAGUUCAGUCCAUUACGUUCCCUGGGGGCGGAAUACGAUGUAGAGAAGCCAACAUCUCAAAGGGAAAAUAACCAGAACAAAGGAUUAGCUUUUGAAGGCCAGGAAGCUUCCCUCUACUACCACAAUCCAAGAGAGACCUCCUCCACCCACAGUAGCCCUUAUAAAACCCUCCCCAGAGCUCCCAGAGACCCCCGCAGCAUGCCUCCCACACCAGCUAUGACCCGCAAUGCCUACAGCAGCAGCCAACUCAGGUGCGAGGGCUCACCCCAUGGCUUCAGGGCUCGCAGUGGAAGUUUGGAGUCCCAGCCCCAGUUGAGAAAGGAGACAGACCCGGAGAAGCCAGUUUUCACCUUGUCACCGGCUCACCGCAGCAACAGCACAGAGGUCUUGGAAGAUUGCUCUUCCUACACCAGUCAGUCCAGUCUGGAUUUCUGCGGGCCUGCCAGCUCCCACUACAGUACCUUAGAUUCCCGAACCUCCACCAUGCAUCGACUGCACCGCAACGUGGAAGUGUACGGAAAUACAGGGAGUAUGCCCAACCUGGUUCAGCACCAUUCUGGUUGUAGUUACGCCUGCGAGACCUCAGCACACUAUCCACCCAGUGCCUACUACGUCUCCGGCUGCCCGUGUCCAGAUAUGGAGCCUUACGCGAACGGUGCCUACGUGUAUGAGAAUGACGUCGAAGGCCACUACAACGUCAACCCCUCCUAUCAAAUGAACGGCUAUCACGGACACGACAGGUUCAGGCAUUACGGCUCUGACCGAACUGACGGCCUUUCCCAGAAUCCCUAUGCGACGGUGAGGCCGCCGAGGAGCAGGGAGGGACCCAGAAACGAACUUUUGGCCAAGAACAUGCAGAAGGCUAUGGUGGCAGAACAUCUGAGAGGGUGGUACCAUCGCAACCGUGGCCCCAGGGAAGAAGAGAGGACAGGAUGCGACUUUGACUGUGGCUCUCAGCUCAGCCUAGGGUACCAGACCAUGCCGGCGGCCUUCAGCCACUCCAGCAGAACGACGUCAUUUUCAUCCGUGUCCUCAGUGGAGAGUGCAGGGAACUGGCGCAACCAGCUGGCAGUCGGCCUGACUGACUACGACACACCGAACACACCUCAUUACUCUCAACAUGCAGUUCCUCUGUCGCCAUAUAAUCGCAGCCCCACACACAACAGAUGCUCUCCAGAAAACAAAGUAUCGGGCUCUGACACAAAGCCUAAUAAAUGUGAGUCAGUUGAGGUGUUUGGCGCUGAGGCCAUUAGAAUGGAUGAAGAAUCAGACAACCACACUAGCACUUAAGGAUUCUACCUGGGCAGCAGCUACACAAGCAUCCAAUGAUGACGACCAAACCACAUUUUGUAACGUAAGAGGAUGAAGUUGAAACAGGCUUUCCAUCCAAGGACUAACCUCUGAACCCAAGGUGCCUUCCAUUGGGUGGAUGGUUGAGAAAGGCAAGAUAGACUGUGUCUCAAAUUCUCAAAACGUUGCACAACCCCACUGACUUGUACUUGAGAUAUCAAGGCAAUCAAUCAAACAUAAACAGGAACUAGCUGCUGCCUUAUGCUGAACAACAGGAAAAAAAAGACAUCUUUCAUAAAAUGGAGGAUCCAGAUUGUGAAUGUGACACUUAAUGUGAUCGUUCAUUAGAACAAACCAUGUUGUAGAAUUUCCUUUCCUUCCGUUCUUUAAAGCUGGAAUCUGAAUGUAUGCUGUCACUAAUGUUAACAGUCAUUUUGUCAGUAAGUGCCGUGAUGUGAUUUAAAGUGCAUGUGAAGGAAAUCAGUUUUGAUAAAAACUUUGAUAAGAAUCAGACCACUGCCAUCAAAACAAUGACAUUUGUUUUCUCACACAUUUGUACAGUCUGUGUGUAGUUCCAAGUAUCGUGUGAGGUGUCAUGAUGAAAUAUUUUCCACUGCGAAGGAUUAAUAAAUACUUGUGUGACUCAUAAA